AUGCCCGCGACGCGCGCUCGCGACGGGCGUCCCGAUCAGCCGCCCGCGACGACGUUCCUCGCCGACGCGAAACCGGGAAAAAAAGAUCGAGUUCGGUUCGCCGAGCUCGUUCGCCUCGAAUCCGCGACGAUCCGCGGCGGCGCGCGCGACGACGGGUGCGUGACGUCCCCGCGGCGCUUCGACGAGCGUCGCGAUCGCGACCCGGCGAAGGAUUCCCCUCGCGUCGUCGCGGCCGCGGCCGGCGACGACGACGCCGCCGACGCCGUCGCGACCGUGGCGGCGGCGGCGACUGAAGGCGCGGAACCCAAAGACGCCGCCGGGGGAAAGAAACCCGUCGGCGUCUUCUCCGCGUGUAAGAAGUUCGUCACGAAGACCGCGUCGUACGCUGGGGAGAAGGACCGCGACGCGCCGCGAGCGAGCAGCAUCGCGGUCCCGGCGACGCCGUCCGCGAAGAAGGCGACGACGUCGCGACGCGCGGCGGCGCGUCUCCUCGCGUGCGCGUCGGAGACGCUACCCGGCGGUCCGAGCCGCGGCGCGCGCGCGGGGUCGCCGCCGCCCCCCGCGCGGCGACGCCCGCGCCGCGCGUCGGAGAGCGUCGGCGGUGCCGUCUCCGGGGGUCCGUCGCGGGCGUCCACGCGUCCGACCCUCCGCCCCGCCGCGGCGGCGGUAGUCGACGUCGCCGCGGAGGAGGAGGAGGAGGUGGAGGAGGAGGAGGAGGAGGAGGAGGAGGAGGGCGACGGGUCAGGUUUCGGACCCGAAGCCCCUCCGUGGGUCGAGCGCGACGGCGCAGACGCCGUGAACUUGUACGUCUCCGGCGCGACGAGCAUCAGCGCGGCUUUGCUCGCGAUCGACGAGACGCACCGAACGCCGGCGCGGACGCGAGAGUCGAAAACCGGCCGCCGCGCCGCGCCGCUAAGCAAGCAGUCGUCCUCGGAAGCGCUCGCGCCGCGCGACGAUACUUCGGCACGGAAGAGCCCGCCGUCGCUGCUGACGCCGAGGAACCCUGGCGACCACCCCGCCGGUGACGUGAAAUCGUCGAUGCCGACGUGGACAUCCGACGCGGCGGCGCCGGCGCGCCGCGUCGACGACGGCGCCGGCGGCGCGCGCGCCGAGCGCGCGACGCCGCCGCUCCCGCCCCCGGCUCCGGCCGAGGACGACCUCGAUAUCGGCGUCGCCGCGGGCGGGAUGCACGACGACCGCGACUUCCUGCGCAUCCUGAUGGAAAACGAAAUCAUCGAAAACGAGAGCGAGGACAGCGGGUCGGACUUGAGGGACACCGCGCCGCCGUUCGAUACCCUGGAAGACGUCGUCGCGGACGUCGACGUCGGCGGGUAUUUCGCGACGCGCGACGUCGUCUUCGACCCGCCGGGGUACGACUUCGCGAUGAUGCACCUGCUCGAGACUGCGGCGAUGAGCUGA